GAUCAAACAGAUGUGAAAGUGUAGUGACAGUGUCUUGGAUUUUCUACGCGCGAGUCCUGUGUGGCUGUAAGGGCAUCAUCACCAUCCACACAGCAGUCACAGGCACAGGCACAGCCACAGCCGCAGCCUCCACCGCGGUCGCAGCAUCUGCAUCUCCACCUGCAGCCCCAAGAACAUUAUUAACACGGACAACCAAUUUUCCAACUCAUCCGCAGUUGCGCGCGCUGGCGACCUGGUGUAGCUGUUUCUGACUGUAGCUGUAGCUGUAGCCUGUAUCCUGUAUCUGUAUCGUACGCGGUACGCACUCUCCCAGAAGCACAAUGAGCACCAUUGGCAUCGGAAACAACGGGAACGGCAACGGCAGCGUGAGCCUGAUGCAGGAUAUCCAGAACAAGUACUCGUUUCUGGAGAAUCUUUUCAGCAAAUUCUGGAAAUCCAUUAUCAAGUCGAACUCGUCGCUGAAGCUCCAGCUGCGGAACAUUAAGUGGAAGAAUGCGAAGGCCAAGCCCGGCUGUGCCUAUCAGCCGACAGAGAUUGAACAGAUGGCCAACGUGAUUACCCAUGGGAUGUGGAUACUGCCGGCAUUGUUUGCGACCAUCAAACUGUUCGAGCGCUCCACCAACGCCAGCCAGUAUUUGGUCUCGUGGGUGUACGGUGGUGCUCUGUGCAUGCUCUUCACCAUAUCGACGUUCUUUCACUGCUCCUGCUACUGUGCCGAGCACAAACCACCGAGGAACUACAAGGCCUGGCCCGCGUUCGGCUGGCGCACGUAUCAGGGCCUAAAGAAUGUCCUGCACCGCUGCGAUCGGGCCAUGAUCUAUGUGUUCAUUGCUGGCUCCUACUUUCCCUGGCUGACGCUGGAAAAUACCGACCACUCGGCCAUUCUCUUUUCGAUGGAGUGGGUCAUCUGGCUGAUGGCUGGGGUGGGCAUUGCCUACCAGCAGCUCUUUCACGAGCGCUACAAGUGCUUGGAGACGUUCUUCUAUCUGGUGAUGGGCCUGGGGCCCGCCCUCGUUGUAGUUCUGACUGGCCACCACUUCCACGGCAUGAUACAGCUGAAGUACGGUGGAGCCUUCUACAUACUGGGCAUUGUGUUCUUCAAGUCGGACGGCUUCAUACCCAUGGCCCAUGCCAUCUGGCACCUGUUUGUGGUGCUGGCCGCCGGCUGUCACUAUUAUGCCAUAUUGGUCAACCUCUAUCCCAGCGACAUUAGCAUAAGUGAUUAGUGGUUAGUGGACGCACACACAACACUGCGGAGAGAAACAGCGGCUUUAGACCUUAGAGUACUUAAAAACAGGGAUUCGGGUGCGAUAUUAUAUAUGUACCUAUAUGUAUUCGCGGUGUAUUCGAAGGGUUCUCUCUUUUGUCAGCCAUUUGUAACGUGUUCCUUUGAACGAUGGUACCCCCAAGUCACUGCUGCUCCAUAAUUAGCCAAAUUUUAUGAUGCCAAACCCUGGCGCAUGAAUAUAGCAAUAGUUGUAGCCUAGAAUAACGAAUGACUAAACUAAAAAAAACUAAAAUCGAAACGAUUCUUGUGAUCAGUAUCUGCGGUCUUGCCAAAGAUUCAAAUUAUACGUGGCUCAUGUCUCUACUUUUCUCACCCAA